AUGCUGGACAUUGAUUCCAGAUCUAAUCUGAACUAUAAAGAUGAUAAAUUUGGUAUAGUUAUUGAUUCCGGAUCAUCUGGUUCUCGUAUACAAAUUUAUAAAUGGAUAGAUCCCAAAACUCAACUAAAAUCUUCAGAUCUAGAAAUAUUAAAAUCACCACCAAAAAUUACUCAAGAAAAAGAAUGGACUAAAAAAAUAAGUCCUGGUAUAUCUACAUAUAAUACAAAUAAAAAAAUAAAACAAAUAUGGUCAAAUCAUUAUCUGGAAUUAAUGAGAUUUGCUGAAAAAAUCAUACCUGUUGAAAAACAUUCUGAAACUCCAGUAUUUGUGCUAAGUACAGCUGGUAUGAGAUUAUUACCUAAAAAUACUCAAAGUAAAAUACUAUCAGAAACUUGUUCAAGUAUAAGAGAAAACACAAAUUUUUUAUUACCAAACUGUGAUGAUUUUGUUCAAAUUAUAGAUGGAUCAACUGAAGGAAUAUAUGGUUGGUUAGGUUUAAAUUAUUUAAUGGGUCAAUUUAAAAAUUAUGAUACAAAACAAGCAAAUCAUGAAUCAAUUGGGUUUAUGGAUAUGGGAGGGGCUUCCACUCAAAUUGCAUUUGUACCGUCAUCUGAAGAACAAAUUAAAAAACAUAAUAAUGAUUUAUCAAAAGUCUUACUACGAAAUAUAGAUGGUCAAACUCAAACUUGGGAUGUAUUUGUUGCAACUUGGUUAGGCUUUGGUGCAAAUGAAGCUCGUAAAAGAUUUAUACAACAAUUAAUAAAUUUAGCAUUAGUAAAUCAAGAAGAAUUACAAGGGCAUUUAAAUGAUCCUUGUUUACCAAAAGGUGCAACUUUAGAUUAUGAUUACGAAGGAAAAACUUAUAAAAUCAAUGGUGUGGGGAAUUAUGAAAUGUGUAUAAAGUCAAUUUACCCUUUGUUGAUGAAAAGUAUACCGUGUGAUGAUGAACCUUGUUUAUUCAAUGGUAUCCACGGUCCAAAACUUGAUUUCGAGAAAGAUAAAUUUGUUGGAAUAUCUGAAUAUUGGUAUACUGCAAAUGAUAUAUUUCAUAGUGGUGGUGAAUAUGAUUAUAAGGGGUUUAACAUUAAAGUCAAAGAAUAUUGUGAAAGUAAAUGGGAUGAUAUAUUGAAAAAUUCAAAUGGUGGUGAUUAUUCAGGACUUGACCCAGAUAAAUUUUUAAAGGAUGCUUGUUUUAAAGCAAGUUGGGUUAUGAAUAUUUUACAUGAAGGAUUUGAAUUACCAAGAAUUGGAUUCGAGUUAAAUUCAGAUAAAGAACAAGAUAAAGAUUCUCAGGAUGUUACAAACAAACAUGUUCCAUUUAAGUCAGCUGAUUCUGUUGAAGGUGAAGAAUUAUCAUGGACUUUGGGUAAAAUUCUACUAUUUGCAUCAUCUCAAAUCGACCCAACUGACAAGCAGCCAUUGGAUAUUGGUAUUUACCCAAGUGAAAUAUCAGGAAAAUCAUUUGUACCAGGAGGUGUUAUAAACAAUAAGAGUCAUUUAUCAGAAGAUGAUAGUGAUGAUGAGAGAGAUGGUGAAUUAGGCCAUUUUAUUUAUUCAAUAACAUUUUUCUUUUUAUUAGCAUUUUUUAUAUAUUCAUUUGGUUCAAGACAUUUUGGAAGAUGGAAAGGUAAAUUAAAAAGAAUUCACGUACCUAUUGAAAUUAGAAGAAGAGCAAACGUAGUUGUUUCCAAAAUACCGGGGUUAGAAAAAUUUGCAAAUAAUUUUGCAAUAUAUCAACAAUUAGAACAAGACUAUAAUUUGGAAGAAGGAGUUGGUGCUAGUCCAUCAGUUGAAUCUUCUCCAAAACAAGCUACAGGUGAUGCUUCGGUACUAAGAACAAGACUGGCAAUUGGAUUGGACCAAGGGUAUGAUGAUCUGCUGUCAGGAGGUUCAAAUGGUAAGUCCAAGCAUUUUAAUCCAAGAGUUAAUAAUUUUAUAAACAAACCAUUUGUGGUUCCUAAAAAAAAUUCGUUUUAUCAAUUUUCAGAAAAUAACAGCAGGGAAUCACUUUCAAGAAGUGUUAGUAAUUCAUCUUUAGCAAGAUCUAAGAUGCCAUAA